AUGGGAAUCCUGGAGUACAGCAAGCUGACCAUGAACAAGAAACACACCCUGACAGCAAAGGUGGCCAGCAGUAUCUUAGGAAAGAGCAUUGCUGGUGGAUUGAGCGAAGUGAUCCUUCCUUUCUUUAGCACUGUGGCACCGGACACAAUUAACAACCAUGUGAAGACCUGUCGUGAGGAGCAGAAGAACUUGCACUUCUUUGCCCCGGAAUAUGGAGAAGUUGCCAAUGUCACCACUGCUGUGGACAUUUAUUCCUUUGGGAUGUGUGCACUGGAGAUGGCGGUGCUGGAAAUACAGGGUAAUGGAGAAUCGUCUUACGUGCCCCAGGAGGCCAUUAACAGUGCCAUCCAGCUGCUGGAGGACCCCUUGCAGAGGGAGUUCAUUCAGAAGUGUCUAGAGCAGGACCCUGGCAAGCGUCCUACUGCCCGGGAGCUCCUUUUCCAUCAGGCAUUGUUUGAGGUGCCAUCACUGAAGCUACUGGCUGCUCACUGUAUCGUUGGACAUCAGCAUAUGAUUCCUGAAAAUGCUUUAGAAGAAAUGACCAAAAACCUUGACAUGAGUGCUGUGUUGGCAGAGAUUAAUCAUGUAGACAGGGAAGGAGUCAAGAUGAUCUUCUCACAAUCUCCAGCACUGGAGCUGGACAAGUUCCUGGAGGAUGUAAGGAAUGGCAUCUACCCACUCACAGCUUUUGGGAUGCCGCGACCCCAGCAGCCCCAGCAGGUAGUGGUGAAAUCACCCAUUGCUCCACCAUCAGUGAAAACCCCAACUCCAGAGCCUGCUGAGGUGGAGACCCGCAAGGUGGUGCUGAUGCAGUGCAACAUUGAGUCAGUAGAGGAGGGAGUGAAGCAUCAUUUGACACUGCUGCUGAAACUGGAAGACAAGUUGAAUCGACACUUGAGCUGUGACCUGCAGCCCAAUGACAACAUCCAAGAGCUGGCAGCUGAACUGGUCCAGCUUGGAUUCAUCAGUGAGGCUGACCAGAGCAGACUUACCUGUUUACUUGAAGAGGCAUUCAGCAAGUUCUACUACACCCGGAACGGAGCCCUGACGGCAGUGACGGUGUCAUCUUAGCACACCUAGGCGCCCAGGCGGCCAGUGCAGCUUUGUUGCCUGUGACCCCCUUCUGUGUCUGUCCAUCACUGUAGGGCAUCAGCAAGACCCCAGCUGCAGUGCUUGGAAGCUCAUCCUGCAUGUGCCGUGGCUGGGCUCAGCGACAGUCCUCCCUGCCCGCCUAUUAAAGGGGACUUUGCGCAUCAGUAUUAUUUCCAGCCCUGUUUUUGUUGGGAUUUUGCCAGGUGGAGCCGGGUCCUGGCUUUGGG